AUGCUGACCACGGAAGGCACGGAGAUGAGAAGACAUCUUUCCCAGCUCGGCCAAGACAACAAUAUACACCAGUUGGGGUGGCUCAAAGGACAAAUGGGUUCUGGGAUUACGGCAACACCUCGCGUCUGUGACUCUGCCACCUAUCCACCCACCUUUCCCCACCACCCAACCAACCUAAAUCACCCUCUCGGCGUCAACAUCAUCAUCCGCACCAUCAUCAAAAUCAUCUCUUACUUUACUUUGUCCCGCCGAGAGGGCCGGUCCCAAAAUUGGACUUUUAUUAUUAUCCUUUCCAUGACCCCUUUGAAUCUUGCCCGCAACUCGGAACAGAGAUUUUCUGUUGGCCCCUCAUCGACGCAUCAUGUCACCCAAAGGAACGAGCCCGAUCAUCUCGCUGCGUUUCUGAUGCCGCCCUUGUUUCUGCCCCCAAACCCACGUCUGUCCUCCUGCCGAGACGGUGUCGCGCGCUACCGCCCCGCCACACGCAGGCCAAAAGGAAGUGGCCCUGGUCAUUUUCUUCCAGAGAGCAAGCUCGUCGGAUCUGAUUCCCUCUCCACCCUCAUCAUGUCCUGA